AUGUAAAAAAUAAAAUAAGAAGAUGAUGAAGAAUUCAAUUUUAAAAGACAGUUUGAAAUUUAGUAAAGUUUAGUGGAGCCUAAAAAUCUAUCAAAAGUAUAAUAAUGAUUUUAAAUAGUUCAAAGACAUAUUGAAUUAAACUAUUGAUUUGAAUAAGAGAAAGAAUAAGGAAUUAGCUUCUUACAAUAGAAAUAAAAUAAGUGAAGAGAGUACAAAUUAUACUUAAUAAUAACUGGAUUUUAUAUAAGAAUAAACUGAUGAAGUUCUAACUUAUUAAUAAUAUUUGAAGACGAAGUUAGAUGAAAUCUUAAAGGCAAAAUUAUUAACAGAUAGAAAAAUCAAUUAUUAUUAAGAUAAUCUACGACAUAUAAAGACUAAGCCUGAUCAUGUACAAAAAGAAUUAGAUGAUUAAGUAAAAAUGAUGCUAAAGAAAACCUAAAAUUUAACACACUAAUUUUAAAAGGAAAUAGAUUAAUUUAGAAGUUAAUCUGAAUAGAAUUAAGAGAAAUAUUCUAGAGAUAUGGAAAAUUGUGAAUAAGAAGUUAAGGAACUUUAAUUAAAGAUAAAAAAAUGUAAAUAAAAGAAUUCAGAUUUAUUAAAAUAAAUUCGUAUUUUAACUGAACAGGAAGAAUAAAAGAAACAUAAAUUAUAAGAGUGUUUUAAAAUAAGUGAAUAUAUUGAAUUUUUUAUGGAUGCCAAAUUAAAUGUUGUUGAUUAAAUAUAAGGAAAUCAAGAUUAAUUAUAAGAAUUAGGUUAAACAUUAUAAUAAUAACAAAUGGAUAAAACAUUAACAAGACAUGAAAUAUUAAAUCAAGUAGAUGAAUUCUAUAAAACUUAAGAUAUUGCACAAUUAACUAAUCAAAUUAUUAGUACCUAUCAUUAUUUAUUGGAACAUUAAAAUAUGUAAACUAAUGAAUAUAAUUUUUUUACUGAAGAAAAAACAUUAAGAUAAUAAUAAAUCUUAUAAUUAAACAAUGAAUUAUCAUAACUUAAGAGUAUUUGUAAUAUUCAAUUAGAUGAUCAAACUAAUUUUGGUUCUUAUAAUAAUACAAUUAUUGAAGGACCAUAAAUUAUUCAUGAAAACUAUUAAUUGAAUUAUCAUUUGCAUGGUUAUCAAUUAUGUUUAAUAACCAUAUACUAAAAAUUAAUUGAUAUGAUUCAAAGAUUAUGUAUUAAUGUAAUCUGGUUAUCAGAAACAACUAAAUCUAUUCCAAAAUCUUUAGAUAAUAAAUGUAUGUAAUAUCUUAAAAAUUUUACUAAAACUGAUUUCAGUUUAUAUGUUCCACUUGCUACUUAGAGUAUUCCUGUUAAUAAAUCUAUAAACUCUAAACAUUUUGGAUAAUAUGUUUGUAUUGGUAAAAGGAAUGGUAGUAUAACAAGUGAAGAGAUACCUAGUGAAUAAAAAAUUGAAUCUAUGACAAGAUGUCCUAAUGAAUAAUUGGAAAAGUUUAAAAUGCAUAAAGAUUAUGAAUUUAUUAUUAAUUAAUGGAAUGAUCUUAUAAGGAAUGAUUUCAUUACAUAAACUUUAUAAUUAGAUAUUAAUUUUGAUAAUAUAGAUGUCACAUUAAGUAAUCAUGAAAUUAUUUGUUAAAUGUAUGAUCAAUAUAGUAAACUCAUUAAAGAAGCUGAUAUUUAAAAACAUUUUUAAAUACAAUUUUAAUAUUAUAGAGAUAUUAUGAGACAUAUUUACAAAAAUAAUCAAAAUUUUAAUCUUAAAACUUUAACAUUAAAAUAAAAAUUCAAUAAUGAAGUCACUUCUCCUUAUUUAUUGUAAAUUAAAUAAAUUUAAUUGAAGAGAUUAUAAGAAUAAGUAAAUAAUUCUAAUUUAGAUGAUGAAAACAAUUUUAAAAUGCAUUCAAAUAGAACUAUUAAUGCAUCUGAUGAUAGAAAAUAUCAUGAAUAUUUCAUUCAUCAAAGUUCCAAAAUUAAAAAAUAAUUUCCAGCUUUACAUGACAAUUUAGUUACCAAAACUCUAUAAGAUAUUGAUAUUAUGAAACAAAAAGAAUUGAAUGAAAAUUAUCAAUAAUCUGAUUAAAUUUCAUCAGAUAUGGAUUAUUUAAAUUAGGAAAGAAGAAAUUUAAAAGGAAUACUUAAUAAAUAGAAAUAAAAACCUUAAACUGCUCAUUCCUAAAAAUCUAAGACAGAAUCACAUGAAACCUCUAGUACUAAAACUAAAAUUAUUAAACAAGUUGAUCUAUUACAUAAAAUACACAAACGUAAGAAUCUUUUUAUUAAUCUUCAUUAGUUUCAUCCUAAACUCGUAAAUUAGAAACCAGUAAUAGUUUCAAUGCUGAUCUAACUAAAUAUACUUAAAAUGUGAAAAGAAAAAUAUCUGAUUAUUUUAAUUCAAAAUUGGAUAUGGAUUUUUGUCAUAAAGAAGAAAGUAGAAUUCUUUAAAAGCCAAAUUAAUUUGAAAAAACUCUCUCUGCAUCAAGAUCAGUCGAUCCUUAUUCCAUGACACCUUAUUCAGAAUAAAUAUUCUCAUUAGAUCGAAUCGAUUCUUUCAGACAGAUACAGGAUUCAACCUAAUUGGGAAGUUCUAAAAAAGACAAGGCCUUUUUAAUAAAAAGAAAAUGA